CGACGGCGGAGGACGAAAGAAAACAAAACCUGUGUCCCCGAAAAGCUGGGCAUUUUUUGCAUGUAAAUAAUUUAUUAGAGUACUUGCCACACCCGGAAACCGGAAAUGUCCUCCCCGGAAACCAAGUUAGAUCUGUACGAUGAGGAGGUUUCGGCGUCCGAAUCGAUGCACGGAGAUAUGACUGUGGCCAGUGCCCAGCAGCGAAACACGAACAACCCAGGGGCGCCACACUUUAACACUCUCGACGAACCAAUAAGGGACACAAUUCUGCGUGACGUCAAAGCAGUCGGUGUCAAAUUUUACCACGUCCUCAUCCCGAAGGAGAAAAAUACCCUGCUAAAGGAAUGGGAUCUGUGGGGACCGCUGGUGCUGUGCACCUUCAUGGCCACCAUUUUACAGGGAUCCUCGGACGGCAUUUACGACGGCGGGCCAGAGUUUGCACAAGUGUUUGUGAUCGUGUGGAUCGGGGCGCUGAUAGUGACUCUCAACUCGAAGUUGCUCGGUGGCAAUAUAUCUUUCUUCCAAUCGGUUUGUGUCCUCGGAUACUGCUUAACGCCGUGUGCACUCGCUCUGCUGCUGUGUCGAAUCGUGCUACUCGCGGAACAAACGACGUUUCUAUUUUUUCUCCGAUUUCUCAUCGCAGCGACGGGGUUCGGUUGGGCCACAUACGCUUCGAUCAUCUUUCUCGGCGAUAGUCAGCCAGCGAACCGGAAAGCGUUGGCAGUGUAUCCGAUAUUCCUAUUCUAUUUUAUUAUCUCAUGGUUAGUAAUUUCACACAGUAACGUGUAAUGCACUAAGGGAUGCAAUUUGCCUGUGAAACAUGUAUGGCCAAGAAGUGGGUGACUGACUAGAACGUUGCCGGAUCGGAUCUCGAAGGGACUGUGAAACGCCGCUGCACCUACGGUACAUUCCACCAUACGAGGAAGUAAAAAAUCGCCGAUGGCAAGGGUGACACCAUGGCCGUUCAAUGACAAGAUUGGCUGCAAAACGCACGACGAUUAGGCUGAACACGACCCACUAAGAGAAGAGUAAUCGCUAGCAUGUACUACUACUGUCUAUGGCCAACACCUUUUGUAUUAUAAAUCUUUCCACAGCUUAGAGUAAUAAAACCAACACAUUCGUAACAUGGAUUCGAAUCGCGAUGCAAUUAGUAACAGUGAACAGGAAUCGUAAAAGAAACGCCCGAUGUGCGUAAUGAGUGCGCCCCCUUUUGGCUCAAAAGCCACUGCAAAUUUAUUUUCUCUAAACUAACCCUAGAAAGGACAUUCCAAGAACAUCAACGAUUUGCACGUAACAUAAGUUUCAUUGUCCCAACGACAACAAACGCUGUGAGUUGCCAACUCAUAAAUGUUUCGUUCGGAACAACGAAAUUGUUUCCAUUGCAUGAACCAGAAUUUGGGAAUCUGGAAGUAAUAAAAUAUUCAACAUGUUUUUGUUUUACUAAAAUCUAAACGUAACACCCCACAGAAGCCAUGCGUUGCCGCAAUGUUAGUCGCGCUCAUCGGAACUGCUGGCGGCACUGUUGGCCGCACUGGCGUUCGGCACCAGAUCGAACGCCAUCUGCAUCCGGACGCCGUCCUUCUUCUUGCCACGGUACGUGAGACUGUUGGCACGUGGUUUGCGGCGCAUAAAGUGCCGUUCGACCCAUUUCAGCAUCGUGAGCACGGAAUCGGUGGAUGGUAAACGCCGCUCGGCGGACGUUUUGAUGAUCUGAGAGUUUGUGACACGGAACGUGGCCGCCAUUC